UUAAAAAUUUCCAGUCAUUCGUUAUUUAUUCUCUCGAUUUCAAUUUCGUCUGGAUUGUCCUUCUUUUGUAUUGAACUCCAUUCCACUCUCGCUCUCAGGUUGCCAAACUUUUGCGGAAAGUACAAAUUUUCUUGGCAACCAAACACAAUAAACGCACACCUCUCUCGUCAUGCCAUGUAUAAGUUGCGGAGACAGAUCCCUAAUCCGCGACGACAGCACCGGCAACCUGGUAUGCGAAUCAUGUGGCACCGUCCAAGAAUACGAUAACUAUGAGGCUCGCACCGGCGGCAUCAAUGGUCCAGAAGGCGUGUUAAUUCGUCUGGGAACUUCAGGUACUGGUAGUGUCUUAAAUUACCGAGACAAAAAACUUUACGAGGCAAAUAAGCUUAUUGAUGAAAUAACCUUCAGAUUGGAUUUAGUAGGCAAAAAAGUUAGCGAAAUUAAGUCCAUGAUCGAUAAAGUUACUGAAAGUGAGUUUGGGCAAGGUGAGUGGUUUCCAGUUUUGAUAGGUGCGUGUGCUUAUAUCGUAGUGAGAAGUGAUAAUAAAUCUUUGUCUGUUGCAGAAAUUGGUAAUGUGAUUGGUUGUGAUGUUUAUGAAUUGGGUAGAAUGAUAAGGCGUGUUGUUGAUCAUUUGAAUAUAAAGCUGCCUGAGUUUGAUAUAGUGACAUCAUUUGAGAAGGCUGUGAGGAAUUUAUUGGAUACAGGGAGGGUUGACAGUGAUAAAGUUGAAAGAAUGCGGGAACAAGGGGUGUUUUUGAUACAAUGUGGGAUUAAGUGGUUUUUAACCACAGGGAGAAGGCCCUUGCCUAUUGUGGCAGCGGUGCUAGUGUUGGUGGCAGAGUUGAAUGGGGUUGAGUGUGUGAAAAUUGAGGAGGUGGCUAGGGAUAUGCAUGCAGCAGUGUCUACAUGUAGAUUGAGGUAUAAGGAGUUGUUAGAGGCACUUGUGAAAGUUGCACAGGCAUUGCCAUGGGGGAAGGAUGUGACCUUGAAGAAUAUUGUGAAGAACGCACCAUUUGUGAUUCGGUAUAUGGAGAUCAAGUCGAUGGCAAAGUCUGAUGGACAGGGGGACGGUUUGGGUUAUAUUGAAUUUGAUUUUGGGGAGGUGGUUAGUCAGUGUUUGAGGAAGGAUGUUGAGUAUGGGGUUGAGGAUGAUAGCACAGAAUGUGAUGAUUCUCGAUAUUUUGAGGUCAGAAAUAGACAAGGCUUGAAUAACAUGGGAGACAAUGAUGUGGAUAAGCUUCAGCUUUCACAUGAGUGCUUGUCCUUGGCUUAUGACAAGUUCUUAAAUGAGGGUGGAAGAGGUAAAUAUGCUGGAAAUGUUGAAAGAGUUAAUAGUACGAAAAGGAAUAGAGUGUUUGAUCUUCAUCCAACUGAAUGGUGGGAUGGGAAAUCAGAUUUAAGCAAGAAGCUUUUGCUGAAACGAAUAUUAGAAAAAGAUGUGGGAUUAAAUCCUAUGCCUCCUUCUUUUGUUAAUGGCCAUAUGGCAGUUGAGAGGAGAAGGGCAAAGAUAAAUGCUGCAAAGCUUCGUAUUGAAAGGGUUAUGCAUCCACGGAAUGCUGAUUCAGGUGUUGGUAGUGACUUUUGCUUUCUGGAAGCUCGGAAGAGAAAAAGAAAAGCAAGGGCAAAAGGACUUGAUUGGGAAGAUUUUGUCAUUGAGACCCUCCUUCUUCAUCAGGUGAAAGAGGAUGAAAUUGAGAAGGGGCACUACAAUACUUUGCUGGACUUGCAUGUUUUCAAUUCUGGAAUGGUGUGAGAGGUUCCAGCAAGGAGGCUGAACAUUUUUAAUAUUUUUAUUGGAACCUUUAUUGUUGAAGAGAAAAUUUUGGAGAACACUCGUAAAGGUGCCUGAUGGACCCUUCAACAACUUAUUGGCCACCAGCAAAUGCCCCAACUGGGAAAGUUUUGGUGAUGCUGGCAAGUCUCUUGAAGUGAAUUUUACCAGUGGGCGGGUUAUCAACAAUUAUCUCAAUAAUGGGAGGCCAAAGCAUGAGCUCCUUAGCCUUUACUCCCUUGAGUUUCUUGAUCAACUUCUUGCUGACAUAACCAGUUAUUUCACUAUCAUAGCUGACAAGCUUGCUGAUCAUCUUGAAGUUGUGCUCGACCUUCUUUUUUUGCAGGAUCCACAUUUAUCCCGUAUUCCUAACAAAACCAACUUCGAUCACAUCUUCUAGUGGUAGAAGUCCCAAAGGAAGUCCAAACUCCUCAAGAAGAGAAGUUGCCAGUUUUAGCCCCUCUUCAUGACCCUUCUUGACAAUUCCUCCUUCCUUCUCUGCCAUGGUCUGAUGUGUUUCUAGUUUCUCACUUUCUUUUUAAUCACUCACUUUGAAGGUAAUUUGUUCGAUUGAAAUUACUGAGAUAAUGCCUUUAUUUAUACCAAGUAAUCAUCUCAGUAAGACAAAUUUAAAAGGAGAAACCAAAGUGACUAGCAAACCAAAGUGACUAGCAUUGUAUUAACCUCCAGAAUUGGUUUGCUUUAAACUGGCCUCUACCCUGGUUUAAAUGUUUAAUGCAAUUAGUAAAUGUUUUUUUUGCUGAUGACUUGGAAAACAAGUCUGCACAUUACCUGCAUUCGCUAUGAUGCUGUUUCUCAUCAGAACACACAGUUCUGCUUGUGGUACUAGUAGAAAGUUUAAUGAAAACUAUGAGUAAGUUUAAUGUAUGUAAUAUUAUCAAAAAUUCCAUAUAGAAUCAGAAAUAGAUCAAGAAGCUACUAGUGGUAGGCUGGUGGCCUGUUCUUGGCGGUAAUUUCAGGCUGUCUAUAAAAGAAUUGUUUCUAAUCUCUUGUGAUUGAUCUGUAUUUACCUGUUUUGACUGCUUGUAUUUUGUUCUAUUGUCUGAGGUUCGCAUCUGGUUAUCAGUAAGCAUUAUUUUGUCCCAGACUGAAUUGAGCCAUUUGUGACUGCAGAAAAAUAUUCUACUCGGGCACCUGUGUGAAAAGGAGAAAGACAGGAGAGGGGUGAUGACACUACUGGCGUUUGGAUCCAAAAAGUAAACUGGGUUCUAAUUCAAUCUCUACAGGUAUGCUUGAUUGUUGAACUGCCAGAUAUAGGUAACAAACAGAGUUAACUACUUGUUUUUCUCAUUUCCCUGCAUGAGAGUACUUUUGGCCUCUACAAUUCAGUAUCUCUACAAUUCAGUAUCUCAUAUGAAUAUAUGCUGAUUGUGGGGUUUCUGUGAUGGGACAAAUUCUGAAGCUAAACAAAGUUGUAGUCUAAGUUUAAGUUUUCACUUAUGUUUCUAUACAUAUAAAACAUAAGUAUCUAAUAUAGAUGUACCAAACGUUUUAUAUUGAACUAAUCAAGCAAAACUGAAACACCUAAGCUUUUUGUUUCA